CAACCAACCCAAGUACAUACUUUAAUCACAAAAACUCCGGCCGUUUCAAUUGCCCAAAGUCAAGUAAACACGUUUCAGACUUUCAAUCUUCCACCUUUUUAUCACUCUCUCUUUAGUCUUUAUUGCAUGUUUGGAACUUGGAAGGGUUUCAUCUUUUAUUUUAUUUCUCACCUGUCUGGUUUUAACUCUCGAGGGGUUUUUGAUCUUCAUUAUCCAAAUCAAGAAAAGAUCCAUCCUUUUCUUAUUCAGAGCCCUAACAACAACACAUUCAAGGUACAUUAUGCUCUAGCCUUUGGUUUUCACUUUGAUUUUUAGUUUGUAUUUCUAGGCAUUUCACAGUAUGAGGUCUUUGGAAAGACCCCUAGUUCGAAAUACCUAUUAUGGUUAUGUAGGUGAAUCAUCCAAACAAGCUGAAAAUAGUUUUAAGAAUCAUAUGAAGCCUAAACCCUCGUAUGGUUAUAUUGGUGAAUCAUCUAAACAAGGUGAAAAAAGAAAUAGUUUUAAGAAUCAUAUGAAACCUAAAUUUAGUUCUCAAAAGAUCACUCGUAGGAGGACUAGUUCACCUAAAAGUAGUCGAAGUCAGACACAUAAAAGAGCUAGGCAAUUGUCUAGCAGUAGUGAUGACGAUGAUGUUGAUAUGAUGAAAGGGUUUAGUGGUCGAAAACACUUUGUAGAGAAAAUGGGUCGAAAAAGGAGAAAGGUGCAUGUUUUGGAAGGAGAUGAUUUUGAGGCCGACCCUGACUAUGUCAUGUAUUUGAAAACAUUAAAUGGGGAUAAGGAUGAUGGUGCUGACGAUAAUGAGGAUAGUAUUGAGGAGGAGGAAGAGGAUGAUAGGAAUGAGGGUAUUCAUGUGGGCAUAGACAUGGAAAUGGAGAUGGAUGGUAAUGGGAUAGAUGUGGUGGAUGAUCUUGAUCCUGAGUACAAGAUGUUCUUGGCCAACUUGAGGGAAGAUGGGAAAUCUUAUGUCCUUGAGAUGACGAGUGAGAAGGGGAAAUCUGUAUAUGUAAAGUAUGAAGAGCCAUUACCAGUUCAAAGUGAUGAUUUAGGAGGUAAUAUCGGUCAUGAAGGAAAGAGAGGUUACGCAACGAAGAAGAUUCGCAAGGAUGGUUUGAAGGAGAUGCCAUCGACAUCCUUACCUCCUAGACCCUCCAAGGGGAAAUCUAUGCCAAUCAAUGAUUCCCAUCGCAUGCCACUGCCUCCUAAAUGCAUCAAAAGGAACUCUUCCUCUCGUCCAACGCCAGUACCUCCUAAAGGCAUCAAAAGGAACAUUGAUGAUUGUCAUCAGACCAAAGAAUACUCCAAGAGGAAGUCUAGGCUAAUUAAUGAUUCUCAUUCAUUCCUUGAUGAAUUCAAGCUUGAACCGACAUCUAUGGUGGAUGAGAGUUACUAUAUGUUUCUUAAGAGUGUUAGAUUAAGGGGUAGAGCCAUGUUCUUGAUGACUGAUGAUAUGAUUUUAGAAUAUGGAGAAGAGAACAUGGUUACGCCUUCUGUUCCCUAUGGUGUCCCUUAUAGCAAACUGGAGUUCGGACUGCGUAAACCUCAGAAACGCCAUCAGUUACAUAUGGACGAAGAUUAUCUGGCUACUGAUGACGCUCGUUCCGAAUAUAAAAAAAAACUUCUGAAAAUUAUAAACAUGCCAUAUGAUGUAACGGAGUACAGAGAUAAGUACGACUUAGCAUCUGAACGCGAGCCGAUAAAACGAUUUAGAGAGACACGUAGAAGUUCUGUAAACUAUGAAACAGAUGAAAUGGGACGUUCUUAUUUCGACCACUACUCAGAUCUUAAAGAAAUGGUUGAUCGCGCCAGAGAACAGGGCAAUGCGCGUAGAGCAUUGUUGCUUCUGCGUUGCUUAUUCUUCUAUAACGAGACUGUCGCACAAGAAGGAUCAUUUGUCCCAUGGAGAAAAGCCUCAUUUAUGAGCCAGAUUUUGGGCCCUGCCUAGGAGAUUACUCCUUGAGAAGUGCAGAUUGAUGUUAGCCGAGUUGUUGUAAGUAUAAGGGUAGCACAAAUUUGCAUUUCACUGUUUGGGUCCUGGAAGUCCUGGUGAUCAGUAUAAAUAUGUACAGUAGCGGCGCAAAUGUUGGAACUUAUUUUGUUUAUAACAUUAUAGUUCCUUCUUUUUUUUCCUGGCCAAAUGUUUGUUUGUUAACUUGAUAUCUAUACAUUAGCAGAAAGCUUCUUUUUCAUU